UAUUUCAUUUCUCCUCAGCAGCCCAUACUCAAACGCAAAACUUUCUCCCCCUCGCCUCUCUCUUAAAUUAAAAAAAACUGUAAUAUUAUAUAUAUAUAACUCCAUAAAUGGCGGUUGACUCCGUUUUAACGUCGCCGUUAGGUCCUCCGGCCUGCGAGAAAGACGCCAAGGCACUUCAGUUCAUCGAAGAUAUGACCCGAAAUGCCGAUUCCGUUCAAGAGAGAGUGUGCGCCGAGAUUCUUUCCAGGAAUUCACAGACGGAAUACCUUCAACGUUUCGGACUUAACGGCGCCACUGACCGGGAAACGUUUAAGGCCAAAGUUCCGGUUGUAACCUACGAGGAUCUCCAGCCGGAGAUCCAACGGAUCGCUAACGGCGACCGCUCUCCUAUUCUGUCUUCUCACCCCAUCUCCGAGUUCCUCACCAGCUCUGGAACGUCAGCUGGCGAGAGAAAAUUGAUGCCUACUAUCAAAGAGGAGUUGGAUCGUCGUCAACUUCUUUACAGCCUUCUCAUGCCUGUGAUGAACCUUUAUGUGCCUGGUUUAAACAAAGGAAAGGGGUUGUACUUCAUGUUUGUGAAGUCUGAGACGAAGACGCCCGGAGGGCUUGUGGCCCGGCCCGUUCUUACCAGCUACUACAAGAGUGAGCACUUCAAGACCCGGCCUUACGACCCGUAUAACGUGUACACCAGCCCGAAUGAAGCCAUACUUUGCCCGGACUCUUUCCAGAGUAUGUACACGCAAAUGCUUUGCGGGCUCUACGAGCGGGAGCAAGUGCUGCGACUUGGCGCGAUUUUUGCGUCGGGUCUUCUCCGGGCCAUCAGGUUCCUCCAGCUACACUGGGCGCAGCUGAGUAAUGAUAUCCGGACUGGAACUCUGAGCCCGCACGUGACCGACCAGGCAAUCUGUGAGUGCAUGACCCGGGUCAUGAGGCCCGACCCGGAGUUGGCGGAGUUUAUAGUCCGGGAAUGUUCCAAGGAGAACUGGGAGGGAAUUAUCACGAGAAUUUGGCCGGGGACAAAGUAUCUGGACGUGAUCGUGACCGGAGCUAUGGCGCAGUAUAUUCCGACGCUGGAUUAUUACAGCGGCGGGUUGCCGAUGGCAUGCACUAUGUACGCCUCGUCGGAGUGUUAUUUCGGCCUGAAUCUCAACCCCAUGUGUAAGCCUUCAGAAGUGUCGUACACAAUCAUGCCAAAUAUGGGCUACUUCGAGUUCCUCCCACACGACCAAAACUCAGACGGGUUCACCCGUGACUCGCCGCCCCGACUCGUUGACCUCGUGGACGUCGAGGUCGGAAAAGAAUACGAACUUGUAAUCACAACUUACGCGGGCCUGUGCCGCUACCGAGUCGGCGACAUCCUCCGAGUCACCGGGUUCCACAACUCGGCCCCGCAGUUUCACUUCGUGAGGCGAAAGAACGUCCUGCUCAGCAUCGACUCGGAUAAAACCGACGAGGCCGAGCUGCAGGGCGCCGUGGAGAGCGCGUCGAAGCUCCUAACCGAGUUCAACACGAGCGUGGUUGAGUACACGAGUUAUGCCGAUGCGAAUACCAUCCCGGGGCAUUACGUCAUAUAUUGGGAGCUGUUAAUGAAGGACCCAGCCCACUCGCCCAGCAAGGAGGUGUUGGAUCAGUGCUGUUUAGCCAUGGAAGACUCGCUCAACUCGGUGUACCGACAGGGCCGAGUCGAGUGCAACUCAAUCGGGCCCCUGGAAAUCCGAGUCGUGAAAAGCGGCACGUUCGAAGAGCUGAUGGACUACGCGAUCUCCCGAGGCGCGUCGAUUAAUCAAUACAAGGUUCCCAGAUGUGUUAGCUUCGCACCCAUCAUGGAACUCCUCGACUCACGAGUGGUUUCGUCGCACUUCAGCCCCUCUCUGCCACGUUGGACUCCUGAAAGGAAAUGUUGACCCGACCUAGUCAACCCGAAGUCAUUUAGGCCCUCUCAGUUUUUUUCUUUUAUUUUCUUUUUUUAUUUUUUAUUUUCUAUGUCACCUUUUGUGAUUAGAUUUUUGAUUGUAUCUAGAUUAGGACGUUUGGGAAGAAUUAGGUUCUGCUGUCUCAUGAAUGCUUUAACAUGUGAAAAGGAUGUAAUAUCCCAUGCUUGUUCAAAUCAACUGUUUCUUUCGUCCAAGCAACUAAUGCAUUAUGGCACUAUUGACUAAGAUAA